GGAAGUUUACAUUGGAAACCAAUCAGCAAAUGGAAUGUUGAAAUGGGACAGGAUUUGACAUAUUUUUCAGUCACAGAAUCCCAACCCGUCUCAAAAUACACGAAUCCUAAAAAGAAAAAUUGGAUUACACUCCAUGCUGUAUCAACAGAGUGUAUGAGUACCAUUUGACACUGUGUACCACAAGAUUUUUUUCCUUGCACAAAAAUUUUAUCCUUCAGUCAGUUUGCAGUUCUCCCUUUACCUAUGGGACAGUAUGCCAGUAAUUUCACUGUUCCUGACAAGGAUGCUGUCACCAAGCACACAAAUCCUAAAAAAGCUAACUGGAUAACAGUACACGCUGUUUCAUCAGAAUUGAGUAUAGCUGAAGUAGAGAGACUUUGGUAUAGAUUUCAGCAGUUGGGUUGUAAUGAAAAUGGUGAAAUACCUGAGGCAGAAUUACAGACUUCACCUUUACAAGAUGAUGCUUUUUCAAGAAAUAUAUUAAAAAAGUUCAUGGUGAACAAGAAAGUAACUUUUGAAAACUUUGUACGUGGAUUAAAAUGGUGUGAAUUAAGUUCUGUAGAGGAAAAAGUUAGAGGUUUAUUUCGUAUGUUGUACAAUAGUCAGCCAAUACCAAAAGCCAUAUUUACAAAGAUUUUAGAAAGAGUGUAUUCCCAGCCUCAAGAUAAACAGAACAUUGGUAAAACAUGUGACACAAUAUACAAAUUGAUGGAUCCAAAAAACUCAGGACAAAUUCAAGAAGAUGGGUUUGUGGCAGGAUGUAUGUCUUUAGAGGAAGACAUGUUAGAAAGUAUAUUAGAUUUCCAGAUCCUUCCCAAUUACAUGAAAGAAAAACUCCAUCAAAACCUUCCAGAGUUCAGCAGCCAGACAAGCCAGAGAACACCAGGAGGAGACAUACCAUCAGAUGAAACACUAGAGGAAAUUUCUGCAAGAAUUUACAAUAAGGAUUUAGAAAGACUGGCCAAUAAACUUGGUCUUGUUAAGGAUGAUAUUGAUGAAAUUAGAGAUAUAUAUAAUGAAAGACAGGAACAGGCUUAUCAGACGCUUAAGAAGUGGAAACAGAGAGAAGGACCAGAAGCUUAUAGUUCUGUGUUAGAGAAGGCAUUACGAUCAUGUGGGAUGGGAGAUGCUGCUAUGUUGUUAGGACCAUAAUAUUAUUAUUAUAGAGGUCAUUGUUUUUGGAGAUCUCACAUUCUAAAUUACUGUUAUUGACAACAUUUUUGAGAAAACUGUACAUUUUUUAAUUCAUCCUGCUGAUAAAA